CUCUUACUCCAGAGACGGCUUGGCAUUUCGUUCUCCUUAUUCAGCCAACCUUAACUUUGAAUGUCUUUCUUACUAGUAGGCAUUUAGAUAGGGCGAACUCAACUCAACUUGUCCCUCAUUAUCAAUUUCAUAUUCAAUUCGGCGAUAGACAUACAUCACUCGCCAGUCAAUCGACAGAUAGGCUUAUUACGUCUAGCACUGCUCGACUGCUCGACUGCUCACUGAACAAUCAAUCUACUUUGUCUGGUCAUUGAUUGUCCGCCCCAGACAACUAGACAAGACAGUGUUGUUUGACUCUCGACGGAACAAACUGAUUCUGUGGCCAUGGCACCAUCAAAGCAGGAGAAGGUUCCACCUUACAGCAAGGACGAGAAAGUGCUGUGCUUCCAUGGCGACUUGAUGUAUGAGGCUAAAAUCAUAGAUGUGAAGGUUGAGCCGGGCAAGAAACCUGAUGAUGCUCAAUAUCGCAUCCACUAUAAGGGCUGGAAAGCUAGCUGGGAUGACUGGGUUACUCACGAUCGUAUCCGAAAGCUAACCGAGGACAACAAACAGCUUGCUGCCCAGCUGGUCCAGGCUCGUACCAGAACGCCUGGCUCAAAAGGUGCCAAGAAAGGGGCGAAAGCGACCGGCUCCGAGAUGAGUUCUGCACGGGGUAGUGAGGAGCGCGCCGCUGCUUCAUCAAGCUUUGCCGGUAGAGGGCCGAGACGAGGGCGGGAUUAUGAACUUGAGACUGAGGAAGCUUUCCACUCUCGACCAUCUAUCAAGCUCAUUAUCCCAGACGUCAUCAAGGCAUUAUUGGUGGAUGAUUGGGAAAAUGUUACAAAGAAUACGCAACUCGUCCCUCUUCCACAUCCCAAACCUGUCACAAAAAUUCUAGAAGACUAUUCUGCAUAUGAGAUGCCAAAGCGUCCUGCCAACUCUUCCCAUGCAGAUAUUCUUGAGGAGACGCUGAGUGGCCUGAAAGAGUACUUUGAUAAGUCUCUUGGACGUAUCCUUUUGUAUAAGUUUGAACGUCCACAGUAUGCAGAGGUACACAAGAAAUGGAACUCGACAGACCCGGAGUUCCAAGGCAAGACAGCUAGUGAUAUCUACGGUGCUGAGCAUCUCUGUCGCUUAAUCGUCUCUCUCCCGGAGCUCAUUGCACAAACCAACAUGGACCAGCAAUCAGUCAACCGUCUCCGGGAAGAACUUGCCAAAUUCUGUACAUGGCUGUCAAAGAAUGCUACAGAAUACUUCACAAGCAGCUAUGAAACGCCCGCACAAGACUAUGUCGAAAAAGCCAAGAAUUAGUCUGUCUAGUCUCGCUCUCACCUUAAUUUGCAGUCGCCACUGGCAUUACCAUAGCACUCAGUUAGUCCCAUAAUCAACAUUAAAACGACCCAUAAUCCAUACGUUAUGCAGUCAGAUGCGACAAGACACGAGGCAAUGGCCUGUGUCCACCAUCUGCCAAGCUUCAGUUAAUCAAGAACAAUCCCUCAAUAAGGAUCAGCGAUAGCUUAGUUGAACAAGUAGAAGAAAGGGCUUGGUGCCCAUAAAGGGAUUUUCAUCACUUCGUUGUAUUUUCUUCUCUGCCCAGGAGAGUCCCGCAUAUCCUUUGUCUCGAUCGGCGUUAGGGAGAGCUGUUGAUGGCAAGGGUGAAUAGCCAUGUCUAGGGCCCUUGCACUUGAGAGAAUGUAAUAGUAGGGGCAAUCAAGGACGUAUGAUUGCCACUCAUCAUCACAGGCUUCUCGGAGAAGCGUGUAAUAUACUAUUAGCCCUAAUGAAAGUUGACAAUAUUUGGUAUUGUCCUCCACCAAAUAGCUCUGGUU